UCACUUCAUCAUCCUCCGUCAGCUCGCAGGAAACGUUCAGUCCGCAGCGACCCGCAGGCCGAACCCCCCCCCAGCGGCGCAGACAUGGCCCUGACCCGGCUGGAGAAGGUCCAGGUGUGGCUCCUGAAGGCGGCGACGGGGGUCCUGUUCGCGCUGUUCCGGCUCCUGUCCCCUGGCGGCGGGGCCCCGGCGGGGAGGAGGAAGCUGCCGCCCGUCAGCAGCCCUCUGCUGCUCAUGUCGGCGACGCGGCUCGCCAACAAGAUCCGGAGGAAAGAGGUGUCGAGUGUGGAGGUGGUGCGAGCUUACAUCCACCGGAUCCAGGAGGUCAACCCCUUUCUGAACGCUGUGACAAAAGACAGGUUCGAUGCGGCCCUGCAGGAGGCGAAGCAGGUCGACGUGCUGAUUGAGGAGGAAACUGGAGGAGAGGCGGUGCUGGAGGAUCGACUGCCUUUACUGGGAGUCCCGCUCUCUGUCAAAGAGUCCUUCGCCCUCCAUGGGAUGCCCUUCAACGCCGGUAUGGUUUCCAGGAAAGGAGUGGUGGCCGCUGUCGACGCUCCUCCGGUGGCCCUGCUGAAGCGAGCGGGCGCCAUCCCGAUGGGCGUCACCAACACCAGUCAGCUGUGCAUGUGGUGCGAGACCAACAACCACCUCCACGGCAUCACCAACAACCCGUACGACUUCGACAGGAUCCCAGGAGGAAGUUCAGGGGGGGAGGGCAGCAUUCUGGGAGGAGCAGGCGCAGUCAUCGGCGUGGGCUCCGACAUCGGCGGCAGCAUCCGAGUGCCCUGUUUCUUCAACGGAAUAUUUGGCCAUAAAACCACACCUGGCGUCGUGUCCAUCGAGAACCAGUUCCCCGUUUGCAGCGGCAGACAAGCAGAGUUCUGCAGCAGUGGUCCCAUGUGCCGCUACGCCGAGGACCUGCUGCCGAUGCUCAGGAUCAUGGCGGGACCCAACGCUGGCAUGUUGUCCUUAAACACAAAGGUCGACCUGAAGAAGCUGCGGUUCUUCACCAUCCCUCACGAUGGCGGCUCUCCAAUGACGUCCCCGGUCAGCAAGGAGCUGAUGGCCGUUCAGAGGAAGGUGGCGCAGCGGCUGGAGGCCGACCUCGGCGUGACCGUGCAGGAAGUGCACUUUGCGGAGUUACGCUACGCAUUCCAGAUCCGGGGCGCGUACAUGAGUCUUCCCGACAAGGAGGGCAAGCCACCGACGCCAUUUGUUGAGCUGAUGGGGGAACCAGGAAAACCUCUGUGGCCUUUUUGGGAGCUGCUGAAAAGGAUGGUGGGACAAUCAGAUCAUACCGUACCCGCUAUCGGUUUGGCCCUGCUGGAGAAGGCUCACGUUACCGAACCCUCCGCGUUCAUCAUCCAGCAGAAGGAGCGGCUGCAGAAGAACAUGGACGAGCUGCUGGGCACCGACGGUGUUUUCCUUUACCCCUCGUACCCGAGGGUGGCUCCCAAACACCACCACCCGCUCUUCAGGCCGGCCGACUGCGCCUACACAGGUAUCAUCAACAUGCUGGGGCUGCCGGUCACCCAGUGCCCUCUGGGUCUGGGCGAGGAAGGUCUGCCCCUGGGGGUGCAGGUCGGUGCAGGCAAGCUGCAGGACCACCUGACCCUGGAGGUGGCUCUGUACCUCGAGAAGACGUUCGGGGGCUGGAGGGACCCCGGGGCCAACUGAGACCAAACGCUCAUCAGGAAUAUUUAUAUUUUAGUAAUUACUUCUUAAGCCUUUCAUUCAAACUGUUCCACUGAUAAGAUGAAGGCACAAAGCUCUUCUGGGGCCAAUAAGUAACAAGAUGUUACCAUUCUUUUUCAAACAAUGGGUCAUUGGCAUUAUUUCAAAUGGUCGAUGUUUUGCUGCUACGUGCUCAGUUUGUUCAGUAACGAAUGAAAGCUUGAAUGUGGAGCUUUCAGCAGUGCUGCCCUCUAGUGCUCACAGACCGUUACUUCACCAGAGGAUCUGCAACAGGAAAUACGCAUCUUAAAAUAUUACAAAUCACUAGAAAAACAAUAAAAACUGACAAAUAAAGUAGCUCAAAUACCACAAGAAAAUAUUGCUGCUGCUGCUGCUUUGUUUAUAUAUCUUAAUACAAUUAAUCUCAGCUGUAAAAAAGUAAUGUAGGAAGUUAGAGGAAUAGGGUCCAUAUAAUUGGAUCUUAUUAAAGAUUUUUUUAAAUGUUUUUUUCAUGUUUUUCACUUUCAAACAGAAACUGUCCUCUGUAAAAAGCUGAAGUUCGGGUUAAUAUUCAGUGUAUUUUAAACCGUGCGGUAAUAAAUGACAGAACGUAUGUGUGCAUGACUUUGCAAGAAAGAGCUUUUCACAUAACCACGCGUUUGAUAAAUCCGCUAUUUCAUUUGACCUUUAAUACUUCCGAGGCCGAUAUAGGGCAACAUCAAGCUGCACACAGUUAAGGCUCCAUUGCAGUUUAUCGUUUUCAAAAUAAAACUUAAAUCUGAAAGUC